AUGCACUCUAAGGACGCCGAGUCCUGGAGUCUUGAGCAUCCGCUCAAAAUCUUCGACCUGGCAAAGAGGCAGGGCCGCUUCGUGUACACCUCAGCGCCUAUGCUUGCUUUCCGACAGACAGUUUACGCCUAUGGUACCGACAUAUGCUGGACACCUAUGAUUCUCGCGAAAGAGUUCAACAGGAGCCAUUUCGCUCGCGAUAGCGAUCUUACACUGUCAACAGAUGGACCGCAGCCGCCCACCAUCGUGCAGUUCGGCUCGAAUUCGCCCCUCGAGCUAUCCAGAGCGUCUUCGCUGGUGGCCCCAUUUGUUAGCGGAGUGGACUUGAACUGCGGAUGCCCUCAGUCUUGGGCAUGCGCCGAGACUCUCGGUGCCGCCCUCAUGGAGAAGCGAGAGCUUGUACGAGACAUGGUACUUGAGACGCGGAGCCGACUCCGCGACGAAGGCUGGGGUGUGGGCAAGGAGAAGGAUAUGGAGAACCCAAAGGGCCGUAGCGUUAGCGUCAAGAUUCGUGUGCACAAAGAUUUGAGGAAAACUAUGGACUUCAUCGAGACUGUGCUAGGACCAGAGCAAGACCGCCACAUCGACUUCCUAACGAUCCAUCCCCGGACGAGGCAAACCCCGUCCAGUAUCCCUAUCAACCUGGAGGCACUAGAAAUACUGACAUCGAAGGCCCCCCUACCCCUGAAGUUGGUAUUGCAUCACCUGAGCGAGAUGUGUGCACCGGGACUGGGCCCGAACAAAGAGUCGUUACUGAGCAAAAAGGAGAGGGUCGCUAUGCUUGAGUGCACGAACAUGAUCGACCUGAUAGACUUCAUCGACGAGAAGAUUGGGGAUAGGAACGGCCAUUCGGGACUGCGACGAGAUAGGUAA